AUGGCUUCCGAUUCAGAUAGUACACCAGUACCCACAAUAUCCCCCGGAAUGAAAGGAGAAACCGAACCAGUCAGUUCUACCUCAACUGAAAAUCCCAAGCCUUCACAGCCCGAUGUUCACCGACUCAAGCUCGCCACUGAACAUCGCGAUAGUACUAUUUCUACACCCGACAGCAUGAAAGUUGAAACUGGUAGUUCUAGCGAUGGAAUUCCAGAAACCGUCAGUCCUGUUGAAGACCCGCGCGCGAGGUCUCAAGGCGGCGUACGCGAGGCUGAGGAUAACGGUAGUGAUGGAUCAUGGGAGGAGGUGAGACAUGACGGAACCCAAGCCUCAGACGGAGGAACAAGACAGGAUAAUAGGCCAGUUUGGGUAGGCCACGUCGAAGAGAAGAAUGUGACACAGCAAGAGGAAGGUUCGGGAGAUAUUGCUCCGGAGUUUCGACCGAGGACUCCAAGACCUUAUGGCUCUCAUAGUGAAUGA